AUGGACUAUCAAUACGAGAACGGAAGAAGAUAUCACGCGUAUCAUUCUGGAUCAUACUGGGGACCCAACGACGAGAAAGCCAAAUGGCACGCAGAUCUCGGUCACUAUCUCUACAAACUUCUCCUUCGUGGAAAGUUAUACCUCGCUCCGAUACCGAAGAACCCACAACGUGUAAUUGACAUUGGUACUGGAACUGUCCCGCCAAAUUUGUCUUUCGAAAUUGACGACUGUUGCGACGAAUGGCUGUAUGCUCUAGAAAGCUUCGACUUUAUCCAUGUUCGAGGCUUGUACGGCUCCGUGUCAGACUGGGAUGAGUUCUAUAUGCGAGCAAUAAACCACUUAAAGCCCGGCGGAUACAUCGAACAAGCCGAACUGAGCGUCAAUGCAAAAUCAGAUGACCAUUCUACCGACGGAACUGUCAUGGAAGAGUGGGCCCGCGCCUUCUUUGACGCCGGUGAUGCUCUUUGUAAAUCAUUCCGCACAGUUGACGAGGCGAAGUCAAAAAUCAUUGCUGCCGGUUUUGAGGACGUUACUGAGCAUCGAUUCAAGUGUCCGAUUGGCGAAUGGCCGGAGAAUCCGAGGUUGAAAGAGCUGGGGAAGGUUAUGCGCUUAUAUUUAGAGGAAGGGGUGGAAGAUUGCUCGGCAAGGCUACUGCCAGAGGUAUUAAUGUGGAGUACGGAACAAGUCAAAGAUAUCCAAGACAGAAUGAGAAAAGGAUUACGGGAUAAUGCAAUCCAUUCAUACUGUGAGAUGUGA